AUGAAACGAACCAGAGAAAUUAGUUUGUUAAAACAAGAGGAAUCUAAUAACCAAGAAAUCUUAUCAAAUAUAAUAACAAAAAUCUGCGAAAUAGAGGUAGAUAAGGAAUCGGUAGAAGAUUUUGUUGCUUCACACCAAAUAAAAGGAAUAGACAAACUCUUACCGCUCCUACAAAAAUUACUCACCGGAUGAAGCCUCGUCCCAAAAUGGAAAUAAAAUAGACCUAAAAGUCAAAAAAAAAAGCCACAGACUCACAUUAUUAACCUCUAAACUCCCCUAUCUCCACAGCGAGAUCCUAGACUUCCGAAAUUCCUCCCCUAACCUCACAAAACUGACCCCCAAACUUUCCACCCACCUGUGCUCCUCCCUCCCCCACAUCCUCUCCGAAGUCAGUAUCUUCAAAUGGACACUCAACGGUCACCACCUCUCCAAAAUAAUAUCCCAGUCAAAAUGUCUCAAACUGUACAUUUCCCUCUGCUCGAUUAAUUUAAAGACUCUUUGUUUUAGAGAAGAUGUUGACUGGGGGAUUGCAACUUUGGUUUUUGAGUACUGAAGUCUAGCCAGGGUCUCUACCACAGAGCAAGAAUCAGCAAUGACUCUGUUGUUUCAGGCGAUUUCUGAGUGAGGGCUGAAGAAGAGCUUAAGGAAUUUACAUGUGAUUUAUUGAUGUGAAGAGAGAGAAGAGAUUAAGAAGCAAGCUGUGCUGUUUGGACUGAAGGGGAUAUUGAGUUGUUAUUAAGCAAGUUGUAGGAAA